CCAAUCAAGUAUCGAAGCUAUUGCCUUUGCUUGUCCCCCCCCAAAACCCUAAUUCCCCUGACUACAGCACGCAGAGGACCUUCGAGCUCCACCUCCGUGAAGGGACGAAUCGGCAGCCUUUGCUCCGUUGAACCGCCGACCGAGCUCAGAGAAGCUGCAAAUGGAGGUUUCCGUAGGUCAGAGGCAGCAGCAGGAGUUCUCUCUCGCUUCAGUCUCCGAGCUCGCUUCCUCUGCUUCCACCUCCGCCACGACUGCGCCUUCGCCAGCGAUUGCUCGGUUCUGCAUGGAUUGCGGGUCCUCCGAGCUCCGGAUUCGCUGGGAGAAUGAUGCCAGCGGUUUCGCCGGCCUUCACCUCGAAAGCUCCCAGCUAUUCAAGCUCGGUCCUCUUCAGUCAGUUUGCGUGGAUGAAGGCUUCGAGACCAAUAAAGAGAAACCAUACUCAAGAGGUUUCACCAUCCGCUUUAACACCGAGGAGGAGGGCAGGGACUUCCACUGCACAUUCGAGCAGUGGAAGAAAGACCCUCAUCAAGAGUCACGCUUAGCAAAUGGAGUAGUUUCAUCUUCUAAAAGCAAAUUCGAUGAGAAGAUAGAGGCGUCUUCAGCAAAAAUGUAUUUUCAUUAUUAUGGGCAGCUUCUACAUCAGCAGAACAUGUUGCAAGAUUAUGUGAGGACAGGAUCUUAUUAUGCUGCAGUCAUGGAGAACCGUGAUGAUUUUGCUGGUCGAGUAGUGGUUGAUGUUGGUGCUGGGAGUGGCAUAUUAUCAUUAUUUGCUGCUCAGGCUGGUGCCAAACAUGUUUAUGCUGUGGAAGCAUCAGAAAUGGCUGAAUAUGCUCGCAAACUUAUUGCUGGAAACUCACAUCUUGGGGAACGAAUCACGGUAGUUAAAGGAAAAGUUGAAGAAGUUGAAUUGCCAGAGAAAGCAGAUAUUUUGAUUUCGGAACCGAUGGGGACUUUGUUAGUUAAUGAAAGAAUGCUGGAAUCUUAUGUGAUUGCAAGAGAUAGAUUUCUUGCUCCUGAAGGGAAGAUGUUCCCUACUGUUGGAAGGAUUCACAUGGCACCUUUCAGUGACGAGUAUUUAUUUGUUGAAAUUGCGAAUAAGGCCCUCUUUUGGCAGCAACUAAGCUAUUAUGGGGUUGAUUUGACACCUUUGCAUGGAUCAGCAUUUCAGGGGAACUUCUCUCAGCCCGUUGUAGAUGCUUUUGAUCCAAGACUUUUGGUGGCUUCCCCAGUAUUCCAUGUAAUAGACUUCACGAAAGUAAAGGAGGAGGAUUUAUAUGAGAUUGAUAUUCCUCUAAAAUUCACGGCUGCUGUUGGCACCAGAGUGCAUGGUUUGGCCUGUUGGUUCGAUGUUCUCUUCAAUGGGAGCACUGUACAGAGGUGGCUUACCACUGCCCCCGGGGCUCCCACAACCCACUGGUAUCAACUCCGCUGUGUCCUUUCUCAGCCACUCUAUGUCAUGGCAGGUCAAGAGAUCACUGGGCAACUUCACAUGAUCGCCCACAAUGCCCAGAGUUACGCAAUAAAUUUGACAUUGUCAACUAAAAUGUGGGGCCCUGGUGCUGAACAAGGCGGAACUCUUCAAACUUCGUCGGGCAAACUUGACCUCAAGGAACCAUAUUAUAGGAUGUCUCAGCCACAGGCUUAUACAGUGUCCCAAGAACAACAAAAUCAGCUGCUUCAACCCCAGGGUGUAAGCAUCCCAGUACAUGACAUAGAAGAAAGUGAGCUCUUGGAGCAACCGCCGCAAAAUUCGGGUUCUCACUUUAGUUGAACUCGGAUACCCCAGUUAGGUCUCAAACAGCACAUGCGAAUCUCAAACAUGGUCGAAUGCUUAUAAGCCAUAUUAGGAUGGGGCUUUCUAUUGUCGUGGAUAUUUCCCGAUCCUUUGAGCCUGCAUCUCCUGCACCCCACUUUUCUCGCUCUAGAAUCUCUUAUCUAACCUUUCCCCUUCCCUGUAUUAAGCCAAUCGAUGCUUAUGUAAAUUUUGUGCAAUUAAGCUUGUUUGUAUGCAUGAUUGUGCAAAAUUCCGGGCACCCGUUGAAGUUCAUCCCCAUUUAUUUAAGCCGACCAAAUAUAAAACUCAGUUUGGUAAGGCUGUUUGAGUCUCCAUAAUUCAUCCGAGUGAUGGUGCUAGAAUGUAGAAUGUGUUGUUUCUCACA